AUGGCUGAACCAACCGCCGAUGGGCCCGUGGCCUUCGACUUCUCGGCUGCCAAACUUGCCUUGAUGUCCUCGUCUACCUCCGCUCGCCAGGCCCAGCUUCGACUCAUCGACGAGAAGGUUGCACAAAAAGAGCUCCCUCCCGCGACCGUUUCCGCCCUUCUCAGAGUCCUCUUUUGGACCCAUGAGGCCUACCACGACCGUCAGUCUCGAAAAGCUGUCCAAACAUGUCUCGUGACGAUCCUGCAGAGCAGCACCGACUCUGGCCUUUUUCUUCCCUUCGUUGCCGCCCUCUACCAGGAAUGUCAACGGCCCGGCAUCGCCCCAAGCAUCGCCUUUGUUCUCGUUGAAUGGUGCAGCCUCCUAACGCAGCAUUUGGCGCCUACUCCUCUUUGGAAAGAAUUUGGUGCCAAGAUCAUCCAGGGCCAUGCCCUUGUGCUGGAGAGGUGCCUUGGGCCCUCCGCGAAGCCCGGCGUAUCCCAUUCUGCCGUCAUCAUCACCCGCCGAGGUCUCCGAAAGCUGUGCUCCUUGGAAGGCCCCGCGGGCGAGCAAGCCAUCACAACUGUCAUCUCUCAGCUGACUUCGCAAGCCAACCAACCUACUGCCCGCCACGCCCCCUUUCUGGGCUCGCAGUACUUCACCUUCUACUCCCGCGAAGUUAUCAAUUCUCGGACAUCCGUCCCCAAACAUAUCGCCGGAGCCUUUACCGAUUUCUUUUCUGAUUUUACCUCUCUCGAUGAUCUCCGUGCGGCGAUAGUGCCCGCGCUAGAAAAGGGACUGCUCCGUGCGCCCGAGGUCGUCCUUUGCGACGUCAUCGUUCCUCUUGUCGAGUCUCUCCCUAAGAGCUUCGAUCUCACCGACAUCCUAGCCCAGAACCUCUUGAAGCCCAUCCCAUCUGCCACGCUCGACGCCUCACUAGAUGAGAUUUUGACCCCACUUAAAUCCGGAAAGCUCGCCUCUGUUGAACAGAGACUGCUCCAUGCCCAACUGCUUGAACAGGCAGCAGUUUCGGUAGCCAAGGCGGAGCAAGUCGCGUCCGCCCUCGCCACCGUCGCGCCGAAAGAAGGCAACGAACUCUGCCUCCAAGCAGAAACGUCAGCCCUUGUUCGCACCUGCGUACAGCUUUCUCUUCAGAUCCCCAAGCCCGUCGUGGAUGCCUUCACCAAAGGACUCGGCGACAAGAAGGCGCCUAUGCGAAAGAUAUGGAUUCUCAAGGCAGCACAGCUCCUGUGGGCGGGUUUGCAGGAUGACGAGAAGGCCAAGGCGAUCGGACCUUUCGCAGAGGCAACGGUCCCCAAGCUACUAGACUCGUACAAUGAGGUGCUGGCUAACCCUAACGCAGCCUCCCAGAGUGGCCUAGUCGUUGGUGGGUAUGUCUUGGUCGCUCUGGUUCCGGGAUUAGAGGCGAGGCUUAAUCAAGGUGCCAUCAAGACGGCCAUCUCCAAAAUCUCGAUAACCAAGCAGUGCCUUGCACUAGAACCGAAGCCUUCCUUUCUCCUUAACCCCCGCAUAUAUAGCAAGCUGACUUCCGACGACGAGUUGAUCUGGCUGAGCCGGGCCCUAUUAUCAAUCACACCUUCCACACUACGAACCGCCUCCCCCACCGCUGCCCUUGCUUGGGCCGAAGGACUCAUAUUUCUUUCAUGCUCCUCGACUUUGAGUAGCCAACUUGUCCGAGAGGUGCGAGAACGCAUAUCAGAAACUUAUAAGAAGGAUCCGGAACCCUUUUCCAAGCUUCUUAUCGACGGUUUGUGGAGCUGGAUAAAGGCUGUCGAGCUUGCAGACAAGGACAGCCCCGCUCUUAUCUGCAAGUCUGAAAAUGACGCCCUAUUCCCGGUUUUGAGGAGCAUCUGCUUGAACCCUACUAGUACCACCGAUGAGGCUGCCGUCAAUGAGGCUCCAUCCCAAGGGCUAGAUGAGCAAAUUUGCUCCCUCGUUGUCCUUGGGCAGGCUGACCUCGUGGGCGGCUCCGGUUGGAUCGACCUUUGCCUGAAGGCCGAAAGGGACCCUGGCGAGCUUGCUCGGCGAUAUGAGGAUCUCCUGAUUAGCCACAUCCUGGCGGCAGCUUCUGCCGAGCAACAGGUGUCUAAGAUCAAGGAGGUGGCCUGCCGCGCGGCGGCUGAGCUGGCUUUCGUAUCUCCGACAACCAUGACAUCGCGGAUCAUCUCUCUUAUUGAAGAAGACCUUGACCCUACAGAGCUUGAGAAGAUCGGACCUGUAGAGGCCGCGAUAUACAAGACACCGGACGGCACUGCUUUCAUCGACGUCCUCGCAAACAAGAAGAAGACGGUGCCCGACAAGAACGCCAAAGACUACGAUAUCCUCAAGUGGGAGGAGGAACUCAGGUCACAGCUGGCCGGUAAGAAAGGUCAGCAGAAGAAGCUGACCGCCGACGAGUCUGCCAAGAUUAAUGCCCAGCUGAAAAAGAGGAUGGCAUCCGCAAGGCCUCCGACUGAGGAUAUCAUGUGGAUCCAGCCGGCUUUAAAAUCUCUUCUUUCUGUGAUCGAUGCCGGAGCUUGCUUGAUUACUGGAGACUCUGCCCCCAAGGCCGUCAUCGCUUGCGCCGAGAGGGCCACGAGCCGUCUAGGGCCCACACGUGUCUCCAUCGCCGCCGCCACAUUGCGUGCAAAGGGAGUCUCUGCCAUCCCGGAGGAACUCACUCAAGAACCCCUCGAAGAUCUCCUAACAAGAGUAUUAUACCGGUUGCGAUUUGCCGGCGAACAACGGCCUUUUGACCCAGUCUCAUUCAUUUACAUGGUUCCCCUUUUGCUAGAUGUUCUCCGCACUGGCGGCGUCGGAAAGGCCGAAGAUGACCGUGAUGCACAAGUUGUCCUCUCCAUCGAAGUCCUAGCUUUCCAUUCCGAUGUGUGUGCUGUGGAAGCCGUCCCGAGGUCAGACAUUCUGGAGACACUCAUUGAUUCAAUGCAACGGCACUCCCAACACUACAAGCUCGCAAAGGACUGCUUCUCCGAUAUCUGCCGAUGCGUGGCGCCAUCCAUGUCACUGGACGAGAUCGAGGUUUUGGCUAAGGGAGCUAUCGUGCCCCAAGCCUCCGUGCGAACGGCCGUCUUGCAGUCCAUCAGCUCUGAAGUGGACAUGAGUGAACUCAACUUCUCCAAUGAGAUAUGGCUAGCGGCCCACGAUGACGAGGAUGAAAACCGCAGUCUUGGCCAGGAAAUCUGGGAAGAAAGCGGGUUCUCAGUUUCAUCUGAUGCUCCGUUUAGGAUGCUUCCUUAUCUCGAAAGCAAGGACAGCCAAUUGCGAAGCAUGGUCAUCGAAAAGCUGGAAGCCGCCUACGUUGAACUAGCCAAGCCCAAGGGCCCUCAAGGAGCUCGCGCCUUACCUCACCAAGGCGCAGCUCGAUUCUCUUUCCAAUUCCUCAUCGAAAAGGGGCCCCUCGGCGACAAGAGCGAUGCUGUCCGGUCCGAGAUGCUCGAGGCUGCCAUUGAGAUUAUCGACAUUCACGGCAAGGCCAUUGUGGAGAAGUUGAUGAAGGCCUUUGAGAAAACCCUUGAAGGCCCCGACAAGAAUACCGAGGCGUCUGACCGCGUCAAUGAGGCUGUGGUUAUCAUGUACGGCGCGCUUGCGCGCCAUCUCAAGCCUACCGACCCCAAGCUUCCCGUAGUCAUCGAUAGACUGGUCGCAACCCUCGGCACCCCGUCCGAAACCGUUCAGUACGCCAUCGCAGAGUGUCUUCCUCCUCUUGUGGUGGUUUACGGCCAGAAGUCGUCACGAUAUUUUGCAGAAAUCAUGGAGACGCUACUUUCCUCUACACAGUAUGCUACCCAACGUGGAGCUGCCUACGGGUUGGCCGGUCUUGUCAAGGGUAAAGGAAUUGGCUCUCUGAGGGAGUACCGAAUUAUGAGCAGCCUAAAAGGCGCAAUGGAAAACAAGAAGGAGGUCAACCAAAGAGAAUCAGCCCUUCUUGCCUACGAAUUACUUUCCGUGAUUCUCGGAAGGAUCUUUGAACCCUAUGUUAUCGAAAUCGUCCCCCAGCUUCUUACAGGAUUUGCGGAUGGCAAUGCCAAUGUCCGUGACGCCGCCUUGGAAACGGCAAAGGCAUCCUUUGCCAAACUAAGCUCGUACGGUGUCAAGAAGAUCCUGCCCACUCUUCUCUCGGGUCUCGAUGAUCAGCAGUGGAGGAGUAAGAGGGGCGCCUGCGACCUGCUUGGAGCUAUGGCCUAUCUCGACCCCCAACAGCUUGCUUCGAGCCUGCCAGAAAUCAUCCCUCCUCUGACCGCCGUCUUGAACGACAGCCACAAGGAGGUCAGGGCCGCAGCCAACAAGGCCCUCAAGCGAUUCGGCGAAGUCAUCACCAAUCCCGAGGUACAGGGUAUCGUCGACAUCCUCCUCAAGGCUCUCAGCGACCCAACAAAGUACACCGACGAUGCAUUGGAUUCACUCAUCAAGGUGCACUUUGUCCAUUACCUCGACGCGCCUUCCCUCGCUCUGGUCACCCGUAUCCUCCAGCGUGGCCUGGCCAGCCGAUCAGGAACCAAGCGCAAGGCCGCGCAGGUUAUCGGCAGUCUUGCGCAUCUCACCGAGCGGAGGGAUCUCAUCAUUCACCUCCCCGUUCUCGUCGCAGGACUCAAGACUGCCGCCGUCGACCCGGUGCCGACCACACGUGCUACUGCCUCCAGGGCCCUUGGUUCAUUGGUGGAGAAGCUGGGCGAGGAUGCGCUUCCCGAUCUCAUCCCCGGCCUCAUGCAGACUCUCAAGUCCGACACGGGCGCUGGCGAUCGUCUUGGUUCCGCCCAAGCCCUCAGCGAGGUUCUGGCUGGCCUCGGAACGUCGCGGCUGGAGGAGACGCUGCCAACGAUUCUGCAAAAUGUCGAGUCCUCCAAGGCCUCGGUGCGCGAAGGUUUCAUGUCUCUCUUUAUCUUCCUUCCCGUCUGCUUCGGCAACAGCUUUGCCAAUUAUCUUGGAAGAAUUAUUCCGCCUAUCCUUGCUGGUCUCGCGGAUGAUGUUGAGUCUAUUCGUGAGACCUCCCUCCGCGCCGGUCGACUUCUCGUCAAGAACUUCGCGAUGAAGGCUGUUGAUCUCCUCCUUCCGGAGCUGGAACGUGGCCUUGCCGAUGACAGCUACCGUAUCAGGCUGAGCUCCGUGGAGCUUGUGGGAGACUUGCUCUUUAACCUCACGGGUAUCAGCGCUAAGGAUGCUGACGACGAUGGCGAGGGCGAGGACGAAGAGUCGCUCAUGGAGAAGGCGAAAGAAGCGGGCGCUUCUCUCAAGGAAGUUCUCGGCUUGGAGAAACGCAACAAGAUCCUCUCAGCUCUCUACGUCUGUAGGUGCGACACGGCAGGUAUCGUCAGGGCAGCUGCCGUCACCGUUUGGAAGGUGCUUGUCCCUAGCCCUCGAACCCUCAAAGAGUUGGUGCCCACUCUCACUCAACUUCUCAUCCGCCGUCUCGGAAGCACGAACAUGGAACACAAGGUUAUUGCAAGCAACGCGUUUGGCGAACUCAUCCGACGAGCUGGAGACAACGUCCUGUCCACUGUUCUUCCUACCCUGGAAGAGGGCCUCCAAACCACCGAUGUCGACGCUAAGCAGGGUAUCUGCCUUGCUCUCAAGGAGCUCAUCUCUUCCGCUACCGAAGAAGCUCUUGAAGACCACGAGAAGACUCUCGUCUCCGUUGUCCGAACCGCGCUCAUCGACUCUGAUGACGACGUGCGUGAAGCCGCUGCCGAAGCCUUUGAUUCUUUGCAGCAAAUCAUCGGCAAGCGCGCUGUGGAUCAAGUGCUUCCCUACCUCCUCAGCCUCCUCAGGUCCGAAGAAGACGCGGACAAUGCGCUCUCCGCUCUUCUCACCCUUCUCACCGAGUCUACCCGCUCCAACAUCAUCCUGCCCAACCUCAUUCCUACGCUCAUCACUCCCCCGAUCUCGGCCUUCAAUGCCAAGGCUCUGGGGUCCCUGUCGCGCGUAGCUGGCCCUGCCAUGAAUCGUCGCAUGCCCCACAUUAUCAAUUCGUUGUUGGACAAUAUCGUUACUUGCAAAGACGAGAGCCUCAAGCAGGACCUCCACGACUCAUUCGACACCGUGCUCUUGUCUAUUGAUGAGAAUGAAGGUCUUCACACGGUUAUGAAUGUCAUGCUUCUACUCCUCAAGCAUGAUGAUCACCGUCGACGGGCCGCUGCGGCUUUCCAUUUGGGUCGCUUCUUUGACGUCUCAGAGAUUGACUACUCGAGAUAUAACCAAGACAUCAUCAGGGCACUUCUCAGCUCGUUUGAUGACGGGGACCUCGACGUCGUCAAGGCGGCAUGGGCAUCCCUUAGUCAGUUCACCAAGAAGCUCAAGAAGGAGGAGAUGGAGAACCUUGCUCCUUCUACCCGCGGCACCUUGCAACUAGGUCUUAUGUACGGCACUGCGGAUCAAAGAACCCAGUCUGCACUGGGCUUGUCGGACAUCAUCGACCGCACAAGCGAUGCGUCGCUCAAACCUUUCGUCACCCAGAUUACCGGUCCUCUUAUUCGUGUAGUAUCCGAACGAUCAACGGAUGUCAAGGAAGCCGUGUUGCUCGCGCUUAAUAAUCUGCUUGAGAAGAUUCCCCUGGCUCUCAAACCUUUCUUGCCCCAGCUCCAGAGGACAUUCGCCAAGUCGCUCGCGGAUCCUUCGAGCGAAGCACUACGAUCCCGUGCCGCCAAGGCUCUGGGAACCCUUAUCAAGUAUACCCCGCGUAUCGACCCUCUCAUUGCCGAGCUGGUAACCGGCUGCAAAACGUCCGAUCCCGGCGUCAAGACUGCCAUGUUGAAGGCCCUUUACGAAGUCAUUAGCAAAGCGGGCGCCAAUAUGGGCGAGACGUCGCGAGCUGCCGUCCUUUCCCUCAUCGAUAUGGAGACCGACGAGAGGGAUGAUACCAUGACCAUAACCAAUGCCAAGCUUCUUGGUGCACUGAUCAAGAACGUUCCGGAAGAAGCUGCCAAUGGCUUGAUCAAGAAUAGGGGCCCCAUGGCAGAAGAUCUUCCGGAGCUGUUGUGUCGCGGCAUGAAGAACAAAGUUAAUUACAUCGCCGAGAACUUCGUGCUCGCUACUGGCAAGUACCUACUGCACGAAUCACCCAAAUCUUUCGAGACAACCAAGGAGAUUUUGAGACUUUGGCCGAAAUCAUCCCCCAGGAAACCCCAGUGA